CCCAUUUAGUAUAUUCCAGGGAACAGAAGAGCGAGUGGUAUUUGCCAAGAGGUUAGAAAUUAUGGCAGCCGGUCCGAUUGCAGAGCGUAAUCAAGAUGCAACAAUAUACGUUGGAGGUUUGGAUGACAAAGUCACUGAAUCUCUUAUGUGGGAACUAUUUGUUCAAUCAGGUCCUGUUGUUAAUGUGCACAUGCCAAAAGAUAGGGUAACUCAAAUGCAUCAAGGAUACGGUUUUGUUGAAUUUAUGGGAGAAGAAGAUGCAGAUUAUGCUAUCAAAAUCAUGAAUAUGAUCAAGCUGUAUGGCAAACCUAUUCGAGUAAACAAAGCUAGUGCACAUCAGAAGAACUUGGAUGUUGGAGCAAAUAUAUUUAUAGGAAAUCUGGAUCCAGAAGUAGAUGAAAAAUUGUUGUACGAUACAUUCAGCGCAUUUGGUGUAAUUUUGCAAACACCCAAGAUAAUGAGAGAUCCUGAGACAGGCAAUUCGAAAGGCUUUGCUUUUAUCAACUUUGCUUCUUUUGACGCCUCGGAUGCCAGCAUCGAGGCCAUGAAUGGACAGUAUUUAUGCAAUCGUCCCAUCUCAGUAUCAUACGCUUUCAAGCGUGAUGCUAAAGGCGAAAGGCACGGCAGUGCGGCAGAAAGACUUCUCGCUGCGCAAAACCCUCUAAGUCAAGCAGAUAGGCCGCAUCAGCUGUUCGCAGACGCACCACCGCUGGCACCACCGCCAAUGCCGAAUUCGAAUGCAAACGCUCAUCAGCCUCCACAUCAUCCUCAGCAUCAUGUGAUGCAUCACGGAAUGGUUGUACCACCGCCGCCGCCACCAUCGACUCCAGGACCACCGCUCGGCCAUCCGCCUCCGCCACCUGUGCCGCCACCACCAUCGGGUGGAUUUCCGCCGGCAAACAUUCCCCCGCCUCCUCUGCCUCCGAUGUCCAUGGCCGCGCAUCCUCCUCUACCACCUGGUAUGCCGCCGCCAUUGCCGCCGAUGCCUGUACCGAAUUCUCAAGCGCAGUCAGCCUCCAGGAUGAUGGCACCGCCACCACCUCAUUGGGCCGUAGGAGCACCGCCGCAAGGACAGUUUCCACCGCCCCCGCCGCCGUCUGCCGGUGGACCGCAAUUCGGACAGUUCCAGCCGCCGCCGCCAAGACCACCUCCGGCUUGGCGGCAUCCGCCACCACCACCUGUUUCACAGGGUGGUCCACCGCCGCCGCCUCCGCCUCAAUUCCGACCACCUUUCCCGCCAAGAGGACCGCCGCCACCGCCACCCCCGCAUGAUGGCAGUCAAUAUUAAUGUUUGUAUCUUAUAUUUUUAUAUCAUAUGAAUAAUGUUUGGCAAAUAUUUGAUAUAAUACAACAUUUUGUUUUACAACAAAUUCAUGUCGAUAAAUCUAUUACUAGCAAGAGAAUAAACGACAGAAAUUAGCCGUAUUUGUAAAACGAUUCUUUAUUGUAUUUAAGUAAACUUUUGUAA